AACUGGAUGUGCUGGAGCGCUCCAACCCAAAGUACCUGGUGAAUGCAACGUCACUGAUGGGUGAUUAUUUCGCGGGGGCCCGCCUCAGCGACGGCCAGAAAGUAAUAUUCCUCGCCGAGCCACUGUUGCGGUACCUGCGCGCACUACUGGCCUGCCAGGAUAUUCUAGCGCACCGCACACUCGCAUCGCAGUUAAUGCAAAACGGUCGCGAGCUACUCUCCAUACUACCACAGGAGAUAGACGAGCUUUCGAUCUUUAUCCGUCUCCGUCUGCUCUCGUCCCCACCGGUCAGUACAACGUGGCUACUUCUCUCCGCGGACCUUUGCCUCAACAAGUUUCUUGCUCUGCCGAAUACGCUGCAACAGUUCUAUGCUGAUCAUCUCGAAAUAAGCACAGAAGAAAAUAGUGAAGUCAGCUAUGGAUCUUGGACAAAAGGCCCUGGAAAGGACGUAGAACAGCCACAAUCAACUGCUGCUUCUCGGCAAUCAAAGGAAGAUAGAACAGCGUCAGUUAGACGAAACAAGUACGACGCUGAUCAUUCCAAAAUUGACAUGAAAAGCCGACUCGAUCUAAACUCAUGGCGGCAGCCGAAAGAGGAGGUUGUUGAUCAAGUGGACAGUGUCCAUGAAGAUGUCUGUACCAGCGUCGAUACCACUGGGAUACGGGUAUCGACAGGGACUUCGAAAAUCACCAAGACGCGGAUUGCUCAGAGAAACCGUAUAUCUGCCGGCCGAGACACAAUGGAAACCUGGACGGCAAGAAAUAACCUGAGGAGACGUUACGAUCUCAACUCGUGGCG